AAAAAGGAUGAUUGAAGAAUCAAUGUUUCAUUACUGAUGCAGAGCUAUUAAGAAAUCCAUUUUCUUUGUUAUCAAUAAUUGGUAGUCAGUGAAAAACAAAUUUCGACCAAUAUUUCAGGAAAUCUAGAAUAAGAGAAUUGUUCACAGCUAAUGAUUAAACUAGAAUAUGGAUAUUUGCUUGUUUAAAGACAAGCGAAAGGAAAAGUUCCAUAAUAUUGUGAUGAUUAAAUAAAGGAAAUAAAAUAACAAACUUUUUGCUUGCUAAAGAUGGAAAUUUAACAAUUGUCAUCAUCAACAUGCAGUUCUAAAAUAUUGAAAUACACACGUAAUGAAUGAAUAUUUGUUUUAUGUUAAUAAUAAUAAAUGAAUGUUUAAAUAUUGUGAGAAAUACAAUCAUAAUGGAUGCAAUUGUUAAUGGUUUAGGUCCAACACAAGAUGGGAACUACUUUAUCAUGGAUACGGAGCAGGUGAUCUCCAAUCCCUACCAGGACCUGCAGUCAGAGGCUGUGGACAGUGCAAAGAAAACCACACUUACUGAAAGACUCACAGCAGUGCGCAACAACGUGUGCGAGCACAACCUUCGCACCACUACCAGCCACCUCGACAAACAACGCACACACUCGCUUCGCAAUCUUCACAUGGACACCAGCAACCUCAGAUACCAGGUCAAGGUUAUGGACAUAAAUAAACGUCAAAACGACCUAUUGAUGCAGCAGAGAAUAACUCCUAAAAAGGACUUCUCCUACGAUAAUAGACAAAUUCAGAGCUCUUCAAAACGACUUGGUAUGAGCUCUGAAGGAUCGUUUUACCUUGAGAAAAAGUUGAAAUAUCCAUUACGUGGCACCAUAAAGAAAGACCACAAUAAAAAGCCCAUAAUUCAAAAAGCAAGAAAAACUAUGGUGGACCACUCAAAGCGUAAAAAGGUUGAGCAUGAAAGUGAGCGUUCACACACUUCCCUCACUUAUGAACGCAUUACAAGCGCUCACACAGUUUCCACAACUGUUGAAAUACUGACUCCAGAACCCUCGCUUCCAAAGCAGCAUUCAAACUUUCAACGAGUUGGCUCUAAAUCAGCACCUACCCCAAAAAUUGCUUUAACUGACCAAAAUGGAACGACUAGUCGAUUGAGUAUAAUUAAAGAUACUAAUCCGAAGUUAAUAAAAGAACCCGCUAAAAGUGAUCACAAUAGAAAAGGUGCACGCAGUACUAAAUCACAUGUAAAAUUUGAUUUCAAGUCCAAGCCUGUAACAAACCUUCACCGGUCACAAACUUUCCAUUCUGGCAUGCCACGUGUUUCCAGAUCUUAUAGCGAAUGCUGGAAUAGUGAUUCUGAUGAUGACUAUGAUUAUCGUGAAAAAGUUGAUUUACGAGCGCUAUUUUUUGGUGAUAAAUCACAAAAUGCGGAAACUAAACCUUCACUUAGUGGUAAUACAACACCCCGUACCAUACCAACAAGAAUGAGUUCAGAUAUAUCAACAAACCCUCGAUGUUCCACUGCAAAACCUAAAGUUACAGAAGAAAUGCUUCUAAAGGAACAAAAAGAAAUAAAAAACAAAAUUGACAGUUUUCUUGGUAAUAUACCUAAAGAGGACAAAACAUCGCCUAAACCAGUCCAAGUAGAGGAAAAGCCAAAAGUGGAAGAAACUAAAGAAAAGAACCAAAAGGAAAUGUUAUCCAAAGCAGCAAUGCUAUUAAGUGUGUUUUCAAAACCAAUUGAACACGAGAAGAUUUGGGGUUACACGCCACCAAAACUAACGCAAGAGGUCAAAGUUGAAACUAAAGUAGAACAGGUUGUUGAAAAGCCUAAGUCAGCUGAUGUGACUGAAGAAAACAGGCAAAAGAAGCUAUGGGAGCUCAUACGGACCAGUGUACAAAACGGCAACAUAAAACAUAAAUACACGGCUAAUGACCUUCUGCUUCAACAGCUUACUGGCAUUCUUGUGCAAGCUGACAAAAAGCUGCUUAUUCCACUCCACUCCGCAAGUCGAGCACUGCGUCACACGCCAACAUUUAAGAUGAAGAGAAUGGUGGAGCAACUAAUGGCUGAACGAACGUCGUACCAGCAACAAGAGAUUGAGAAACUGCAACAAGCCAAUGCCUCGAUAGGAAAUGGGGAUGACAAAAGUGACAUCAAAAAUGAAGAGAUAUGAGUCAAGCUCAUUAAAAUUUCCCUAUGGGUUACAAAUGGAUCAUUAACAAAGAAAGUAAAUCUGGAUAUUAAUCUGCUAAUGUUUCAGCUAUGAUCAUGUAUAAAAUUACUGAGACAUAACAUUACAAAGAAAUGUGCUAAAGAUUGCAUUGAUUUAUCAUUCAAUUAAUUAAUUAAUUUAUUAAUUGAAUUAUGUUUCAUAUAUACUAUUCAUUUAUAAUGUGUAUUCUACAAGUUUGAUGAACAAUAUUAUGUUGCAACAAAACUUGUUUAAAAAUCAGAAAUGACAGAAAGGAUUAAAUAGGGAUGGAUUUCUGACUAUAACAUAAGAUAACAAAGAUUUGUGCCAAAAGUUGCUUUUUACAGAUAAAUGUAUUUAAUAUUUAUUUGGUUGCAACAGUAUCAUGAAUUGAAUGUAAAUACUAUCAAUAUUAGCUAUUAUUAUAUUCUGUAUCAUACAAUUAAAUAUUAAAAAUCUUACAAGCUACAAACAUUUUCUGUUUCAAUAUAACAGAAGUAGCCUGACUACUUUUUAUUUCAACACAAAUGUUCGGAUAUAUUGUCUUAAAAACAGUCGACUUUGAAAUUUAUCAUUAUGCCUUGAAAAACUGUUAACUUAACCCAGGGAGUGACGUCAAUGUUUCCUAUUCAUGUGCUGUUGUUUGGAGGAAAAACUGCUUAUCUAAAUUGUCACAUAGUUCUGGGUAUCUGUGAAUCGUAGAAACAAGGUGUAAUGUAAUUGACAACAAAUUCAUUGGCAAUUGAGUCCACUUGAGUUUUGUUAUCUAAAGUUAUUUUACCAACAAAAGGGCCAAGAUGGCCCUAGUUCGCUCACCUGAGAAGAGUGUGUUCAUUGAAUUUUUACCAAAUGUAUUGGGCUGUUUGUCAAACAUGCAUGCCUGCAUAUGGUCUGUCAGUUGUAAUGGCAGCCAUUGUGUGAAUAUGAAUAUAUUAGUCAUUGUGACUUUCACUUUUGACCUUGGUUUCUUGAGUUGUCAUCUGGACACCAUUUUACAGUGUUGAGUCAUUGUUAUUAAGACGUUUGACCUAGUGACUUGAACAUUAUGUUGGUCAUCUGCCAGUCAUGAUGAAUGUAACUAUGAAGAUCAUGAAUCUAGGCGUAAGCAUUGUCAGUAAAUAUCAAGAAACAA